ACCCACCUUGUGAGGUAGCAGUGGCAGCCAGCAGCAGAGGAGGGACCCGGAGGAAGCCUCUGCAGCAGAGAUGGGCAGCAGCUCCCUUUGGGACUUGGUGAGUGAGGUUCGAGGGGUUGGCUGGCUUGGUGGCUAGGGAAACCCAGCCAGAUGGGCGGGGUAUAAAUAAGAAAUUUAUUUUUUUAUUAUUGGUUUAUUCAUGUUCCACCUUUAAUCAACACUCACUGGAGCAGGGUCCAUUCUAAGAUCUUUCGGAUCACACACAAGUUCUCUAGUUUGUUCAUUUUUGAAGGUACCUGGAGCACAGAUGUGUGCACUCAAAUAUAUUUUGCCCAUCUUGGGGAGAAAUGUGUCUAAUGUCAGAAUAGGACCUUCUGGCAAGCUAGGGGUGAGUCUGCCCCCCACUUCCCUCAUUCUUAAGGCACCUGUUUUGAUCACUUUUGUGAAAGACCUGGGGGUGCACCAAGCCCUCCCACCAUGACGUUUCCAUCACAGGACAACUUUGUAAAAAGCACAACUCCGCAGAUUAUGGGUGAGGACAAAGUCAAAAGGCUGUUUUCCCAGUUCUCAGUAGAUCAUCUUUCUGUCUCCAUUCCAAAUGCAUCACAUGAUAAACCGGAGUUUAGAAUGAAUUCUCACCUAGAUAUUUGCUCUCUUUCACCUUCCCAUUUAAUGUGGCAAAUCAUGGGCUGUCAAGAUUGCGCUGCAAAGCCCUUCCUUGCACUGGGUGAGUCACCCCACUCCACCCCAAUCCCCAUCCCCACCCCCCACAGUUUAUGCUCGGGUCUGGUUUAUUUUUCUGCCCUGAUGAGUGUUGAGGAUGGGUGUCUGUGUCUCCCCAGGUUCAGCACCCAAGGCUGCUCCUCAUGAUGCUCGUCCUAGGAAUUGGUGGGUCCCUCCAGGCUGGCUUUCAAGGGUCCAUGAUCACCUACACCUCUGUGGUAAGCAGCAAAGGGGAAACCUCUUCCGGUGGUUGGUGGAAGCUGCAAUAGAGGCUCCCCCAGAAUUGCUCCUCCAAGGUGCUGCCUUUGCCAGUCUCCCAAAAAACAGACACAGUAAAGGGUAAAGGGACCCCUGACCAUUAGGUCCAGUCGUGACCGACUCUGGGGUUGCAGCGCUCAUCUUGCUUUAUUGGCCAAGGGAGCCGGCGUACAGCUUCCGGGUCAUGUGCCCAGCAUGACUAAGCCGCUUCUGGUGAACCAGAGCAGCUCACAGAAACAACGUUUACCUUCCCGCCAGAGCAGUACCUAUUUAUCUACUUGCACUUGGACAUGCUUUCGAACUGCUAGGUUGGCAGGAGCAGGGACCGAGCAAUGGGAGUUCACCCCGCCGCGAGGAUUCGAACCACCGACCUAGGCUCUGUGACAAGUCCUAGGCUCUGUGGUUUAACCCCCAGCGCCACCCGCGUCCCAUAAAAAACACAGAUAUUCUCAUACACACACACACACACACACACACACUUAUUGAUUUUUUAACAUAUCAUUUCCUUUUUUUUAUAAGAUAUUUAUUAAGAUUUUCAGAGUAUUACAAAAUAAAAAAAGAAAAAAGAAAAAUGCAAAAUAAAAAUGGUUAAAAACAAUUCAUUCUUUCCAUUACUUAUCCUUCUUUUGCUUAUUUCCCAGACCUCCUCACGCCUCCCUUUUUUGUAUUCCAGUUCAAUUUGUUAGUUCAGCAAAUCCCUCCCCUCUUUGUAUAUCCUAGUCGUUAAUCAUAAAGUAUUGUAAUUUUAAGUUUUUACCUAUUAAUAAUCCAUUUUUUCAUAUUCCCUUGUAACAUUUCAGCUAAAGACCACUUAGUUUCUAUCCAACAUCAUUCUAGCAUUCAUUAAUUUUGCAAUAUUUCUGUAAAUAGUCUUUAAACUUUUCCCAGUCUUCUUCCAUCGACUCUUCUCCCUGGUCUCGGAUUCUGCCAGUCAUUUCCUAUAUCAUUUCCAACAAUCAUUUAACAUAAAUUCUUAUCUUAUACAAUAUUUUAGACUUCCAUCAACAACCUCUGAAGAUUUUUCAUUCUUUAUCACUUAUUCUGCAUUUCUUAAUUUCUCUAUUACUUUUAAUUAUCAUUAACUUAUAGUUCUCGUCAUAGUCUUCCUUGCAAUAUUUCACAUAAUCCUCCUUAUAGAAAUUCUUGCAGACCUACUAGCAUAAUCUGUUUGUUACAAUUGCUCAGACACAAAUAUUCUUACUCCAGACCAGUGGGUCUCCAGUUGGUUUUGGACUACAAUUACCAUCAUCCCUGGCCACCGGUCCUGCUAGUUAGGGAUGAUGGGAAUUGUAGUCCAAAAACAGCUAGUGACCCAAGUUUGGGAAACUCUCCUCCAUACCCUGAAGAGGAGCGUGAAAGGAGGGCAGAGAAUGGGCCCCAGGUAGUCCUACACCAGCUUUGGUCAAGCACCACAAUGAACAAAUCCGUUUGGCUGCUGGAGUUGACCUUUCCCUCCAUGCAAUGACUAGAUGUGUGAUCUUAUAUUAUUGCAGGCCAUACUUUCCCCAUUUGCUUCUUGUUCAGCUCCCCCCACCUCCCAAACUACUGGCUUUUCACAGCAUCCUCUGGUUAACGGGGUUUCCUCUUUUUGCAGCACGUGAAAACGUUCAUCAAUGAGAGCUGGCUGGAGCGGUCCGGGAUGCCCGUCCACCCUGAAAGCCUCACAUUGUUCUGGGCCUCGAUUGUGUCCAUCUUUUCCCUAGGGGGCCUGCUGGGCACUAUGGCCAGCGGGUACUUCACAACAAAGUUCGGGAAGUAGGUAUAAGUGUGAAACAAGCUGCUCCUGGAAAGACAGUUCGAGCCACAAAAUGGUGUGCUGGGAAUGAGCUGGCCAGGGCUCUGCUGGGAAAAGGAUUGGGCCUUGAAGGCUCCAGAGUCAAGGUCCAAAGCGCAUCCCAGUUGUCAGCUGACCAGAGGUGGGCUGUCCUGGUCAGAAUGUUCUUGCAACUGGUGGCCAGGACAGGAAUUCUUCAUGCUGAAAAAGUAAAGGGAAAUUCCAGCAAAGCACCUGUGUGCAUCGUAGUUGCAGAACACCUGAGUCGUACUUUAGGGGUUGGUGAAACCGGGCCCCGCUGGGGGUGCAAGCCCAGGGGAGCUGCAAAAGUCACCAGGCAGACUAUGGAGUGCAUGAUGUAUAUUAGGGUUGCCAUAUUUCAAAAUGUGAAAAUCCGGACGCAAAGUUGUUGAGCCUUUGUUUGUUUGUUUUAGUUUUGCAAAAUCUCAAAAAAUAAAUAAAUUUGAGCUACGUUUAAGGAAUUUCACCAAAAUCUACACUUCCAACAUUGGUUGCCAUAUGUCUGGAUUUUCCUGGACAUAGCAGCAUUUUCCGCCCAGACACUGUUUCUGACAGCUGAAUUCCGCAAUGGAUGUGUAUGUUGUGCAGCUGCUGUUCUGGUGAGAUCUAACACAGGAGAAGCCACCUGUCCUUCUCUCAUUGUGGCACAAAGGCGUGCAAUUUUUUCUGCUCUUCUUGUGUUGUGCUCUAUAUAUGGUAUGCUUAGUGUUAAGGUUUAGACUUAUUGUGAAGGAAUGGGUUUCCCAAACCCCAAAACUGACUGUGCCGGCAGUUUUUAAACUGCACCAAAAUCCCCAUUUCUCCUUAGCUAAAAUGCAUAAACUUUAGGCGCUGAGCAAAUGCAAAACAAGAACACAGCUCUCUCCCUUAUCAGUUUGACGGCAAGACUGGCCUUGACUUUACCAGUAGAACAGACACAGACAUAUCUUAUGUCCUGACCACAAAUGACACAGAGACCCAAGUCUGGGACUAACGCCAGAGCAUGUUCUCGGAAGUAGUGACCUCUUGCUCCAAGAUAGGAGUAGGAUCAGGAAUAUCCUUUUAUGGUCAGAAGUACAGGAAGGAAGAUCCUUUUAUGGUUGAGAGUACCAGAGCAGGAACAUAUGUGAUGUCAACCUGUGUACGUACGCCGACGUGGUUGGGCUCCUAGGGGAGGAGUGAGAGGGUGCCUGGAGGAUAUAUAAACUGCAUGAAACCUGUCAUUUCUUUGGACUUGCUGUGGACUUGAUCACGCAAGUGCCUUCUGCUAUCCGGAGAGCAGAAUAAACUCUUUCUUUGAACCAACUCGGUGUCAUUUUGACUUCCUUCCUCCUGUCCCAGAGCAACGCAGACCCAAUCGGUGAACUCCAAUUUGGGAAACCCAUUCCUUCAUUUGUAAGUUUAAGUUAAGUCUGCUGAAACUGGAUUUCUUAUGGACAGUGCCAAUCCUGAACUUACUGGAUUUGUGACCAUUAUGUUCAUUUGCCUUCAGUAGCAGUAAAGCUCUGCUGGAUGAAAUUUUCAUCGCCUCUGGUCUAUUUUGGGGGAAUCCCACAAAGUGUUUAAGUUUUGGUUUGUUUUCUAAAAAAAAAAAAUUGGUUUUCACAGCAUUAUAAACAAACAAACACAUAAGACAAACAAACCUAAAUCAUAGCCUUAUUGAAAAUUACAUUUAUUAACAUUGUUAAGUGACUUCCUCGCUUUCCCUUGGUUUAAUUUCAUUGCAUAUCCUUUUAACGGUUUUCCAAAUCACAGUUCUUAUAAAAUUUAACUUAAACAUUAACAUCCUUAGAUCUUCACAUUAUGAAAUUAAACAUAUUAAUUCAACACUUAAUAUAAACAAAAUCCUAAGCCAAUUAAGUAUCUGCAAGCUGUUUUCAGUUAAUUUAGCUUAACAUGUUUAACUAAGUAAUUAUUAAAUUUAAUCCACUCUUCCUGCUACUCCUCCUCCUUCUGGUCGCAGACUCUUCUGGUUAGGUCAGCUAGCUCCGAAAAAUCCAUCAUCCAUCAUCUGCUAUUCUUCUGCUGUUGGUAAUUCUUGGGUUUUCCACUUUUUAGCUAACAGAAUACGCACAGCAGUUGUUUAAGUUUUUACUCUGCUCACUAUACGUUGGAAUCUGCUCUGGAUCAAUAGUGAGUAGAAUUCCAUGACACCGCUGCCACUCACGGCUUCCUCCAUCCUUGCGCCAACAGAAAGAAAUGCCUCUUGGGCACCAACCUCAUCAUGCUGUCGGGGGCUGUCAUCAUGGGCUUCAGCAAGGUGGCCAACUCCUUUGAGCUGAUCCUGGCAGGUCGCUUCCUGUGUGGCAUCAGCACCAGUAAGUGCUGUCCUCCUUCCAGCUGCUCUGGACUCACUGGCAGGGCCGGGUUCCUCUGAGCUACCACCUGAGUGAAGAACUGUGGGAAAAGUGGACCAGCCUGCUCCCAAGUCUCGGUCCCUUGCUUCAGCGCAACCCCUGGAACUGCAGCCUCUUCCGCUCCACUUCCAGGUCCCCACACAGGUGGCACUGUGAUCUAAACCACUGAGCAUCUUGGGCUUGCCAAUCAGAAGGUCGGUGGUUCGAAUCCCCACCACGGAGUGAGCUCCCGUUGCUCUGUCCCAGCUCCUGCCAACCUAGCAGUUCAAAAGCAUGCCAGUGCAAGUACAGUGGUACCUCGGGUUAAGAACUUAAUUCAUUCUGGAGGUCUGUUCUUAACCUGAAGCACCACUUUAGCUAAUGGGGCCUCCUGCUGCCGCUGCAUCGCCACUGCAUGAUUUCUGUUCUCAUCCUGAAGCAAAGUUCUUAACCCGAGGUAAUUUUUCUGGGUUAGCAGAGUCUGUAACCUGAAACGUAUGUAACCUGAAGCGUAUGUAACCCAAGGUACCACUGUAGAUAAAUAGGUGUUGCUGUGGUGGGAAGGUAAACGGUAUUUCCGUUCUGGCAUGUUUCUGUCAUGGUGUCCCAUUGUGCCAGAAGUGGUUUAGUCUUGUUGGCCACAUGACCCGGAAAGCUGUCUGUGGACAAACGCCGGCUCCCUCGGCCUGAAAGCGAGAUGAACGCCGCAACCCCAUAGUCGCCUGUGACUGGACUUAACCAUCCAGGGGUCCUUUUACUCCACUUGCCCCCAGUUUCUCCUCGUCCUGCCCCAGGGUGCCAAUCAUGGCCAGCUUUGCCAGGGAUAGGUUUGAUCAGCAGGAAUUCCACAUGGGAAAGGGCGUUGCUCAGUGGUAGUGUCCCUGCCUUGUUUGCAAAAGUUCAAUCCCCCAGCGUCAUCUCCAGGUAAUUUGAGUUUUGCAUCCUGCUUUUCCAUCAACAGACGUUGAGCUCCAAGCGGCUCAACAAUACUUUCAACAGCAUUAAAAGCAACAAGCAUCGCCGUCACCAUAAUAUCAAACCCAGCAAUGUGUAAAUAAAACCAACAGCAGCAGCAAAAAAUCAAUCGGAACGAUUGAUGCAAUUCAGUGAAGCCAUCGCAAUUCAAAAUGUCCGAAACCCUGGAGAGAGCACUGCCAGUCAGGGUAGACAGUAUUGAACUAGGUGGACUGACUGCCUGGUUUGGUAUAAGGCAGCUUCUUCUGGACAACUUCUCCCAAAUGUUUUGGGGGUCCUGCGAUGCUAAGAGAUUCGUCCUCUCUCUGCCUUCACGUCCAGGUAUCUGUGUCCUUCUCCACCCUCAGUAUGUCGGGGAAAUUUCCCCCAAGAAGCUCCGUGGAUUUGCAAAUUCAACUGCCUCCAUCUUCUGGAGCCUGGGGAAAGUCCUGGGUCAGGUGAUGGGGCAAAGGUAGGAUCCUGCUUAUCUACCUGUUCGGGUGCUUCCUAUCCCAACCCCACAACAAAGUAUCUCUCUCUCUCUCUCUCUGAGAGGGGUCUUCUGAGAACCCUGCCCCAACCUCAGAUGACAGCCAGCACAUGCUAGUUCAAUCACCAGCCCGCAUUGGCUAGCGCCAGUGCCACAUGCACUCCUGGUUUUAAACCACUCCAGGUUUUGCUGCUCCUUUGUACUGGCACACAAAGCCCCUCCUGGCUUUCUGAAGGGAUGGAUGUCUUCUGGUUUGCUUUUCCCAGAGAGUUCCUAGGAAACGCUUCGCUGUGGCCUCUGCUGCUGGCCUCCCACGGCGUGACUGCCUUGCUCCAGCUGCUGACUCUGCCCUUCUUCCCCGAGUCCCCACCUCACCUGUUCCUGAGCAAAGGGGAUGAGGAAGGAUGCCGAAAAGGUAACUGGGUGCUCUCUAAGCAGCUAGAAAUGGUUAAAUUACAGAAUAGCCUCCCUCAAGCAUACUUGGGUACAAGGAACUUCACGGGUUUCGAAAGAGAUCUUCAUCCCAUUGACUGUAUUUAAUUAUGUUAUCUGGCAUGUUGGCUGUGCCACAUGAUAGUCAGAUGCUGGGGGGGGGGGGGGAGUUGAGUCACAGACACUCCCCCCCCCCGCCACUGCCCUUGGAGAUAAUUGAGGAGUGGGUUUUCCCUUCAUUUUCAGGGUGUGUACAACUUACAUGUGGCUGCAAAACAUGUUUUCUGAGUCAGAUUGCCUCCACAUCCCUGUUCCUUAACUUUAUUUUAUUUGCCUUCUCCUGCGGGAUGUAGCAUAGUAAUAAUAAUAAUAAUAAUAAUAAUAAUAAUAGUUAUUUAUACCCCAUCCAUCUGGCCUUGGCGGCUCCCAACAGAAUAUUAAAAACACAAUAAAACACUAAACAUUAAAAACUUCCCUAAACAGGGCUGCCUUCAGAUGUCCUCUAAAAGCCAGAUCGUUUUUUAUUUCCUUGACAUCUGGUAGGAGGGCGUUCCACAGGGCCACUACUGAAAAGGCCCUCUGCCUGGUUCCCUGUAACUUGGCUUCUCAUAGCGAGGGAACCGCCAGCAGGCCCUUGGCGCUGGACCUCAGUGUCCGGGCUGAACGAUGGGGGUGGAGACGCUCCUUCAGUUGUAGCUAGAGCCUUUCCCCGUGUGUCGCCUGGCUCCCACACAGUGGGAAGAAUGGUGUGAGGGCCUCUGUUUUCUCUGCCUUCACAGCCAUGAAGACCCUCUGGGGACGAGGGCCUCACCAGGUGGAGCUGGACGACCUGAGGAAGCAGCAGUCUGCCUUGUGGAGCACCAAGAGUGUCUUGGAAGUGAUGAAGGAUCCGGCCCUGCGCCGGCAGCUGUACAUCCUUUUCCUGUUGGCUGUGACCCUACAGCUGACUGGCAUCCACACAGUUAAGUUUCACAUGCAUGUUGUUGUGUGGAAGAACGAGCUCAGAGAAAGGGAGCUGGGGGGGGGGAUCCAAAUAUUUAAAUUGAGAUAUUUCUCCCCAAUGAGAUGAGCUGCUUCAGAUUAAGGGCUCAUCCACACGUACCUUUCCUCUGUACUUUCCAGGCACAGGAUUGGGCUUUUUAGGAUUGGGUUCGACUGGGGUGUUCAUUUUUUCCCUGGUGCUUCCCCCCAGGAAAACCUGUGUUUUACCACUGAACAGGGUAAAGGUAAAGGGACCCCUGACCAUUAGGUCCAGUCGCUGAGGACUCUGGGGUUGUGGCGCUCAUCUCGCUUUAUUGGCCGAGGGAGCCAGCGUACAGCUUCCGGGUCAUGUGGCCAGCAUGACUAAGCCGCUUCUGGCGAACCAGAGCAGCGCACGGAAACACUGUUUACCUUCCCGCCUAUUUAUCUACUUGCACUUUGACGUGCUUUCGAACUGCUAGGUUGGCAGGAGCAGGGACCAAGCAACGGGAGCUCACCCUGUCACAGGGAUUCGAACUGCCGACCUUCUGAUUGGCAAGUCCUAGGCUCUGUGGUUUAACCCACAGCGCCACAGGAGCAAACAGCAAUUUGCCGAAACCCUAUGUUCAUUUGCUCCAAUUCAGUGGUAAAAUGAGGGGAUUUUUGGAAGGGAAAGCGCAGGGACCAAAUUCCCACUCAGACACAGACCUGCCCCUAGAAACGUGACUUCAAAAGGAGGUGCCUUCUGAUAACUUUUGCCCACUGAUUACUUAUCAACAUUUACCCCUUCUCCACUCUUUCCAAACACGGUCCUCAAUUUAAACCUCUGUGUCUAAGUGCACUUUUAUUCUUCCAGGGCUCCCCCCCCCAAAAAAACCCCCCCGAUCUUUAAAGCUCAAUUGCAGCAAACAUCAACCCAUGGAAAACACAAAUUAAUGUUUGAUCCGAUUCAGCUUUAAAUAGUGGAUUUUCACUAUUUAAAGUUUGGGCUAAUGCGAACCUCUGGGUAAGGCAAAAGCUAUGUGUGGAUAAGCCCUAGCAGCUAUUUGAUAAAGCCCAGGGCUGGAUCUACACACAAGGGGAGAACGCUAUAAAUAAGUCAGAAAUUAAAUCAUUACAGCAGAACCUCAGUUUUCAAAUGUCUCGGCUGCCGAACGAUUCGGAAGCUGAAUGCCGAAAACCUAGAAGUGAAUGCUUCCGUUUUCGAACACGCCUCAGAAGUCGAAUGGCUUCCUCGGCACGUUUUUCCAUUUUCCACCAUUCAUUUUGCCAACAGCCCUUUGAUUUUCGGUUUUCGAACAUUUCUGAAGUCAAACAGACUUCCGGAACGGAUUGUGUUCGAAAACUGAGGUUCCACUGUAUAACAAAGGGGGGGGGGAAACAGUAUGGAAAAUCGCAAAUAAUUUUUUUGCUCUCUUCUCUAUUGUCACCUGGUGUUGUGUGUUUAUUAUUAUAACGCAUUCAAAAUGCUGUUUUUGAACUAAUGAAGCUGAGCCCCAGGUUAGCUCCUCCUCAACUGUUCAUUUUCUCUCUGCAGAAGUCCUGCUUUCUCCCAAAACUUGUCCCAAACACCGUCACUUGAUUGACAAAUUAACUUCCCUUCCUACAGGAGUGAGGAUGAGGCCAGAGGUGUCCAGGGACCACCACUGACCCUCCUCCUUCCCUCCCCAGAAGGCUUUCUACAGGUAGAGUUGGUUCCCCUGAUGGGCCCCCUUCUCAAUGUGUUCCCCCCUCUCCAGAUUUACAGCUACACAUUUGAAGUCCUGCAGACGGUUGGUUUCGACGACGACCACAUCCCGGCCUUGUCUUUGGGGAUCAGCCUCAGUGAGCUCCUCUCUGCUGUCUUCUGUGUGAGUGAGGGUUCUUGGGGAGAGCCGCCCCCUUUGGAACCCCAGGCAUGGGGGCGGGGUGAACCUGGCCCCCCAGGUCUCUCAACCUGGCCCUCAGGAAUAUGCAUGUCGCAGGGAAUUGCAUUGUGGGGAAACUGACAUCAGACCUAGGCCGACCAAGUCCAGAUGUGGAGCCCACUCCUGCCACGCCUCUCCCAAAAAGCCCUUCAGGGGGGUAGUGGUAGACGUGGCGGGCCCUGGCAAUUGCCCACAUUUGCCCCCUGUUGACCCGAGCCGGGGUUUGGUGGAGCACCCCGCAGCCACUGCAGAGCCCUCUGUCCUUUCUGUCCCCAGAGUGUCGUCAUUGAGCGUUUUGGAAGAAGAGUACUGCUCUGGGGAGGUUAUGGACUGAUGGCCACAGUGCUUGCUGCUGUCACGCUGACCAUCUCCUUGCAGGUAAGAAGCCAAAAAAAAUAAUAAUAAUGGGGGUUAGGGUGUUUCCCUGACAGCCCCUCACCUAAGAUGUGGCCAGCGGUCGGUCUCUGACCAAACUAGGCUGCAAGUGACCCCAGCGCCUGGCUCAGAGUCGGGGAGGGUGAGGCUGGGACUGCUGUAAGAACUAGGUUGGUAGCCGGGAGCCCACAGGAUCUGAGCCCAGAGAUUGGUGGUCAGGAGCCCAGAUACCUUACGAAAAGCCAGAUUCACCAAGGGUGUGUUUGUGUGUGUAUCAAGCAUCUCAGCUGCACCUAAGGAAAGGAGAGAGGCCCACACAGCCCUGCAAUCUGCGCCCAUAGCUGUCAACCGUCCCUUAUUUGGUGGGAAAGUCCCUUAUCCCAGCGCCAUGUCCCGCUGCUGUCCCUUAUUGAUGAUGUCCCUUAAAUUUCCCGGGUUUCAAAGGAAGCAGCUCCUCUCCCUCCCUCCCUGCCGGCCAGGGAGGAGGGAGGCUCCAACUGUCUUGCUUGGCUGCGUUGCUCACCCAAUAAGGAGUCUAAGAACAACUGGGGGUGGAGCUUGCAUGCCUUGUGCCGAUCAAAUCGGCCGCGUAGCCUGGGGACUCGCCUCUGCUCAGCGCUUCCCAGUGGAGAGGUGACGGUGGUUUUCCUUGCUGCAUCCCCUUUGCCGGGUUGCUGCGCUGUGGGAACCACCGCUUGAGGCUUCGUUUGGCUGCUGGCUGGGCUUUCUGCCUUUGGCUCCGAAGUCGAACAUACCUGUGUUCGGAAAAUCCCUUAUUUUGGCUGCUGAUCCCUUAUUUUCGAGGCUGCUGGUCCCUUAUUUUCAAAUCUGUAAGUUGACAGCUAUGCCUGCGCCCAGGGGGAACCUCAGCUCUCACGAAUGAAAACAUGCUUUCAUUUCAGCAUUCCUUCUCCUGGAUGCCCUACUGCAGCCUUGCCCUGAUAUUCUGCUUUGUGAUCUGUUUUGGAGCCGGCCCAGGUCAGUGAUGGGGCACUUGUUCAUAUCGAUAGGCAGUUUUCCCACUCAAAGCUCUCAAAAUGAGGCACUCAUCCCUCGAGAAACUUGUGGAGUACAAACUGACUGAUUAACUUUAAAAAAAAAUAAUCGGUCUGCUCUUUGAUUUCAUUAGAUAGCAUGGCAGUAGGGAGACAAAUAAGCAAAGUGCCCUAAAAGAUUAUCCAAAUCUGGCUUCACUUGCAGUUUUAGGGCAUCGAGCCAAUCAAGGUUUCAGAAAUUCUUGGUGAAGCACAAGACUAUUUCUCAGGGAACUGCACAUUUCACACCAUAAAGGUGUCUGUAAAAACCUCCCUAAAAAUAUUGCAUUCCUUCUAUAUCUAAUGGUGAGCUGCCAAUUCAUCCUAAACAUUUAACUUCACAUUCUGCAGCUUAUUAUUGUUAUCACUAUCACCUAGCUUUAGUGUUGUUUUAAAUUAGCUGUGCAGUCAUGAGAUUUGUCCAGAAUCUAUUGAUCUUCUCAUAGACUGUAAUAUAUUGUGGGUUGUCCCUUUGCACUAGUCCCUUUGCAUUGCAGCAAACAGAUUGUAUCCAGGUGGUUCUCCUUUGGCUUUACUGCUGCUCAACAGACUGAUUGCACUCAGCAGUGAUUGGGGGACAAGGGAGGGGGGAAAAAAGAAAGAAAGAAAGAAAGAAAGAAAGAAAGAAGCCAACAGCAUGCUGAGGCUCCCUAGGCUGCCUGAGUGGGCCUAGAAAAUUGGGGAGGAGGUCCAAUCCUGGCUGCAGCUGCGCCUUUGCACGGGAAGCUGAGUGAGUUCCGGUGGAGCAUCCAGUGCAGUGCAGGAUCAGCCUCUCCAGUUGCAGAGCUGGGAACUUUGCCCCUGGGUUCCUUUGGCUAUGGGUCCUGGUGCAUGGGGGCUUCCCUACAGCUCAGCCACAGCCCACCAAACACGGGGACCUUUCCCCACCUGAGUGUCACUUCAGGGAAUCGGAUCCCUCCCCCAGUGGCAGUAAAUAAGCAGAUCAAACGAAAGGAACGUUCUUACCGGUUAGUUUCUUUAAUAAUCACAGCAAGGUACAAAGGAAUACAUAUCUCUCUAGAAAUGGUGUUGCUCCCAGUUAAGGUUUACCUCUUCCGUCCCCAUAAAUCUACAUCAUUCCUACGUCUGGUAAUCUGAGCUUGUUGCCGCUGCGCUUUCUGUUCUAUCACUCUCAAAGCCUGACUAGUCUUAGGCAAGGGGGGGUCAGGAAUGCUUUCCAAGGACACUGAAUCUGCCAGCUGUCUCUCUCCUGGUGUUUGCUCUUCUAGCUGCUCCUCAUCCAGAAUUUCCCAGCUUUUCUUCUCUGGACGAUGUCCCUCUGAAAACCACUGUUCUAAAUCAAUACUGUCUUCCUCCCGCCGGGAAGGUUCAGGAGAAGGGGCGGCGGCUCCCACUAUUCCUCCUCAGUCCAACCCCUGACAUUGAGGUGGGGAGGCAAAAGGAGGUUCACCCCAACUCCCCUUUGGCACAAGAGCCUCCCCCAUCCGCAAGUGUGUCCCCCACAUUCCCCCUGGAGGCAACACGGUCAUGAAAAAAAGGUGGCUCCUGAUGUAGAGCUCAGUCAGUAGAGCAUGAGGCUCUUAAUUUCAAGGUUUGAGCCCCAAGUUGGGCAAAAGAUUCCUGCACUGCAGGGGGUUGGAAAAGAUGACACUUGUGGUCCCAAUUCUACGAUUCUAUGAAAAAGGCUGGAAUCUGGAGCUCAGCAGCUGUAACCUCAGGAAGACAGAAGCCCACGCUUGGAGGGCAGGGCUUGGGGGUCGUGCCAGCUGAAGAGCCACCCACUGCCGGUCUCACCCCACUCCCCCACCCCCAGUUCCCCUCACUCCCCCCCCCCAGGUCCAACACCUUCAUCUCCAUCACCAACAACAGGGCCAUAUUUUCACUUGCCACGUUCUGGGUGCCACGAAGAGUACAGCGUCUGUUCCAAGCCACUUGGCCACUGCUGGGGCAUCGGAGACGGUGAGAGAGGCUCCCUCGGGUGCUCUUUGCAGCAUCAUUUCCUAGCCUAGUGGUGGCAGCAGGAGCAGCCCUGACCUUUGGUUCCUCCCUCCGCAGCCGGGGCCGGGGCGUCUGUGAGGAUGGAGAUCUUCGACCAGUCCUCCAGGUCGUCUUCCUACGUGAUCAGUGGAGUCUUAAACUGGAUCGGAUUCUUCUCGAUAGGAAUGGUGUUCCCAUUUGUCGUGGUAAGCGAGACUUCUCCUGAUGGUUCCAUUCCCCUCCCCUGUCACAUUCCAAAAGCAAGGAAGGAUUGGACCCUGAUUAAUAAAAUACACACGAGGCUUGACCAGCAAGACUCUGGGAGGAGGUGCCAAUAAUAAUCUGUCACACCUUGGCCCAGGCCCCUUUUAUUAACAAAAGAACUUAAAAUUCAGUGCUUGUAAGAACCAGAUGUCCUCUGAGCAUUUCAAAAACAUCCCCACGUGGGACAAAGUCAGAUCAGAGAAAUCCUUGUAACUACAAAGAAACUAUUUCCUACUUGAGCAUGCAUACAUAGUUCAAAGUAAAUAAAAUAGGAAUCAAGGAAGAAUGCUUUUAGCAAACGCCGGAGGUCAUAAACAGCAGUAAACAGGAGAGGAAGGAUGGUAGUAUUUACCAUCUCCUUGUGAACUCUUUUCCUGGCCCUUAAGAUCUACCUUAAGGGGACGCGGGUGGCGCUGUGGGUUAAACCACAGAGCCUAGGACUUGCCGAUCAGGAGGUUGGCGGUUCGAAUCCCCGUGACGGGGUGAGCUCCUGUUGUUUGGUCCCAGCUCCUGCCAACCUAGCAGUUUGAAAGCACGUCAAAGUGCAAGUAGAUAAAUAGGUACCGCUCCGGUGGGAAGGUAAACUGCGUUUCCGUGCACUGCUCUGUUUCGCCAGAAGCGGCUUAGUCAUGCUGGCCACAUGACCCGGAAGCUGUACACCGGCUCCCUCAGCCAAUAAAGCGAGAUGAGCGCUGCAACCCCAGAGUCGGUCACGACUGGACCUAAUGGUCAAGGGUCCCUUUACCUUUUAAGAUCUACCUAAAGAUUAACAAAAGCUACAUCAAAGCUACCUACUAUCUCUUAUGGCCCAGGAUGCCUGGUGAAGAACUGGUCUGUGUUUUUAGAAUGCCUAUACAUGCCUGUCAGGCGUAGCGAAAGAAAAUGGCAGAGGUGCAGAGGCUUGUUGGAUUCGAUCAUAAAUCAUGUCAAAUGACUCAAGCCCAGUCAAUGCAACGCUUUCAUUGCAGACACAAUGGCUUGCUCCAUAUUUUCAUAAUUCCUCAUAGCAAUCCCAGCUGACCCCCACACUCCCUGCCCCAGUAUCCUGCUUCCGCUGCGGGAAGGUGGCUGGGCUGCAUCAAUUUGCCGAAAGAGGUUUGCAGGGUGGUGCGAAGUUGUCAUUGCAAAGGCAGGGGUCUGUAUGGAGGUCACACAAGAAGCAAAGUGUUAAGUUGUGGGUGAACAUAUCAGACGGCACAGUGAUUCUUCAAACAGCUCUUGUUUAUUCACAGACCAGGACAGAACUGAACUGAAGGGUUCAGUCAGCCUGCUUAUAUAGAGCUCCAGUACAACGUAACUGUAGCAACUUUCUAAAACUAUCCAAUCACUGAACAUCACUUUCGAUCCCUUAUUUGCCUAACUAUCUACAGUAUCCCCCUGCUGGCCCAGGGUGAGAACUUCAGUACAUAACACAAAGUAUCCCUGGAAGGAACCGAUCCAGGCUUGCCUUAUAAUUCUGUGGGGUCGGGGUGUGUCUGUUUUCCCCCUCCCUCCCUCUCCAGGAACGCAUUCAUCAGUUCAGCUUCCUCAUCUUCAUGGGCACUCUCUAUGUUUCCGCAAUCGUUAUUUACUUCAUCCUGCCGGAGACCAAGGGGAAAUCGAUCCUAGAAAUCCGAGAAGAGUUUGAUAAACUCAAUUUUAAGAAGAAGCAGGCUCUCGGCUCAGAAACGAGCUUCGCAGGGGACCCUGUGCUCUGCACCAAGCUAUGAUGGAGCUCUUGGGGAUAAGGAGGUCAGAAGAACUCUGCAGGUGAAUCAGGCCCACUUAGCCCCAGCUUCCUGCUCCUAGUCUAGAUGCCCACAACCAGGGCCUGAGUCCAUCUGCCUUGCCCUCUGGUGCUCCCCAGGCACUGGCUUUCCCUUCAGAGGCAAACUGCCCUUGUGCCUGCUUAGAAGCAAAGCCUCAAAAAUGUGUGGGGAGAGAUUCAUAAUUAUGAACAAUAGCGGAACAAAAACCGAUCACUGACACCAGUGAGACUGAGAGUCGUGACAGGCGGAGCCUUGCCAGGAAUGGCCCCUGGCUUAGGAGUCUGCUCCUCCUCCUCCUCUAAGCUGCUUUUGGCUCAGCUGUGGGAUUCAGAAAGCAGGUGACUAUGCUGCCGUUUCAAAUUGGUUUGGGGCCAGUUGGUUUUAUUGCAGGUUUCUAGCUGGUUGGCAAAGAUCCUGAUCCAUUUCAUUAGCUGGAUAUUUUAAAAGAUGCGUUGCUCCGUUUUCCUGACUUUUGUGAUAUGUUGUAACUGUUAUUCUAUCAUGCUUCGGAAGGGGUUGUACUGUGCUUGGAAGGACAAUGUCCUAGAAAGCAAUUUAGAGAACUCUUGAGGGGAAAUAAACAACCAAACAAAUAAACCAGCUCCAGAU